GGGGUUGGGGGGGGGUCAACAGCCUGUAUGCACUCCCUUCCCUUUACCCCGUCCUCCCCUCCUGUCCCUGACAGAGACAGACCAGUCAGACUGGUACAGAGCAGACAUGGCCGAGGAGCAAACAGGGGACAAGCUGGAGCCGCAGGAUCUGGAAUUCCAGGAUCAUGGUGGUCACAUCCCCAAGAGGCAUGCCAGGGUUACCGUCAAAUACAACAGGAAGGAGCUGCAGAGGAGGCUGGAUGUGGAGAAGUGGAUUGAUGAAAGCCUGGACAGACUGUACAAGGGUCAGGAGGGCAACAUGCCGGAGGAGUUAAACAUCGACGAGUUGAUUGAUUUGCCGAAUGACGAGAUGAGGGUGAAAAAGUUACAGGAAGUUCUUCAAAACUGCAACAACAACACAGAGGCCUUCAUUCAAGAGCUGUUGACAAGACUGGAGGGCGUCCACAAGCAGGACGAGCUACAGACUGAAGGCGUUGAACAUCCUACCAUCACUCACAGCCACUACCGUCACGAUCCGUACCACUUCAACAACCCUCAUCACCAUCAUUUUCACCACACCCGACACCAAAACCAGACCCUCUGACUGCACACGCAGGCCACAUCACGUCAGGUCAUUUUCAUACGGGUCUGUGGGCUUGGUGAGGUAGAUCAGUUUUCCAUGUAUGUCACAGGUGUCAUGUACAAGCCUUGCUGAUAACCACCUGUCGGCGGUCCAUAUAAAGACACAGCUCACAGUUUGUUGUUUGGUGAGGUUUUCGACAAAGGUCAUCACAUUGGUCAACACAGACUUGACCUCUUGGUGAAGCCACAGCUGUCUGUUUGUGGUCCAUAACUCAAGACACCUUAUAUUGAACAGAGACAGUAUUAUCAGCCAUGUAAUGUAAAUGUAUAUAUUUUACCAGCAUUUUACUGUCUUGUAGCCAUUUUCUGUGUUGGGGAAACCAAACGUGGCUGUUUCACGUGUAACAUCCUGAAUAUGGACGACCUUCUGUUGACCCUGUGUUAGAAUGUACAGGUUAGUUUUAGUGAGCGGCUCGUUCUUCUGGUCCUACAUUAGAAGCCUGUCUAAUCCACAUGUAUAAUUAUAAAUAGAUGCCACAUUCAUCUAACCUCCACAUCAGGCCAUACCUAUCUAAACAACAUUUAGUUUGUUGGUCUGUGUUUAAUAGCUGAAGACGUUUUUGCCAGUAUUGUCUGGGUUAGAUGUGGCCCACAUUCAGGUGUGCAAAUAAAAUCAGUCCUUUAUUCAUCUCACAGUGGGUAAAUUCACAAACUGUCCCUAACUGUGCACCAAAACCCCAUAAUUAAUUGCUAUAUGUAGACUGUGUAACUAUUUUUAUUAUGAAUAGAUUGGUGAAUGAGCAAAGUCUGUAGAAAAUAUUGAAUGUGAUUCACUGGUUAAGUAUGGCAUAGUUGUUACGUAAAGUACCACUAUCACACAUGGACUGAAUUCACAUCUGUUUCCCUGAGUUCAUAGUUGAUAGUGUGUCAUGCAGUAAUAAAUUAUUAAUGCAACAAUUACUUUUGUCUUUGUCUCUAUGUAAAUAUCUGUAUAGGAAAUAAAUAUGAAUUGAAAACCGUGUUGACUGAAAUGCACUAUAUGAGUGCUUUAUUCAGUCGUUAAUUUUAUACCAUCACCAACAGGCUUUUAAAUAACUUGAUGGUGGCAUUGUAGGAAUUCACAACAUCUAGUUGGUCAUGUUGUAGUUUAAUUUUUCUCUGCUGUUCCUAAGAGGAACUUCCUGGUUUGAA